ACUGCAGGAUGAAGUGCGUAACAAGUGUAAUCGUAUUUGCUGUGUUAUACUGCGCCUGGUCAGGUACCAGCGCGUCUGACUCUGACGAUGGAUCCUGUUCAAGUUUCGGGUUCGGGGAAGAGCAAGAAAAAGAGUGGGGAGAGUGCUCGCCAGCGUGUAACGGCGACAAUCAGAGCCCCAUAGACGUCGAGCCCAACAACGCCAUUACGGAAGACCUGUCCAACGUCAACGGGUCCUUCUACCAAGACCGCAGCAUUCCGUUCCACUUCAACCUCAGCAACGACAACUACACAGUGACGCUGCAGCUGUUGGACGCCGAUUACCUGUACCUCGAGGGAGGUCCCCUAUACUCUCGCUACUUCCUGCACAACUUGCAGUUCUGCUGGGGAUCAGACGACUCCAAGGGCAGCGACCACAGCUUCGACGGUGUGAAGUACCCAUUGGAAAGUCAGUGGGCACUGUACUCCGAGAAAUACUCAAGCUACGAGGAAGCGUCCAAGUACCCAGGCGGGGUCUUGAGGAUUUCCCAGCUGUACCCUCUACAAGAUGAAGACAACCCGUCGCUGGCUCCGAUCGUGCGAGCCCUGCCCCAAGUUGUGAAUGCUGGAGAGACCACAGAGCCGGAAGAGGAUCUCACCUACGACGAGAUCUUCUCCGGCUACCCCGUCGACGACUACUACUAUUACAACGGCAGCUUCACCACUCCGCCCUGCACAGAGACCGUCAUGUGGUUCGUCUUUCCCCCUCUGAAUGGCGUCUCCGAAUCGCAGUUGGAGAUGUUCCGGACUCUCCAGUCGACAAACGGCCCCUUGGUGAACAACUUCCGCACCACGCAGCCGCUCAACGGCCGCAAGGUGAUCCGGAGCAACAAAAGUUCCAAGUGCCUCGGAGAGUGCGAGACGUGCAGCAAGUCAUCGCGGCGUCGCGCCGGCACUCGUCACCAGGCAACAAAGGCUGGUCGCGAUAGCAAGCACGGCGCCUCCAAGCAUCACGGCGCAGCCCGUCGCCGACAGCACUAGUCGCCCGCCUUCGGUGCCUGCUGCACACAGCUGCUCCGGGAUCCUCAGCAUUACCAGCACGACCGUACUCACUAGACGCCAAUCCCUACACUAAGAAUAAUAUCUUGCAUCUACAGGUAAACUUAAAUAAAGUUCCACCAAAUAAUACACUACAAGUACAAAAUCGAAUCUACUGAAAACAAUUAACUCUAAGAAAACAAAGUACGAAAUACGUAAAGGAACGUUUUCAUUCAGCGAAACAGCCUCGCGAACAGUUUAGAGAGGCAAAUUUCGUGCAGCAUUAAAGUCUUCCCCACUGUGCUACGAGAGCCUACUUCUCGGCCAUACAAACCCCAUUCGGUCGAUGGGUCCGUAUCAGAAUACCUUGCUUCUCUCGUUUCGCAUAGUACCAACGCCAUUACUUGUUGCCCCCGAGACAGCCACCUCGGGGAAAUCCUCCGAGUUCAUAAAACCGACUCGCAUAUGUUGGACAGCAAAGAAAGAGCAGAACACAAUCAGGCAAGAAGGGACGAUGCGGGAAUGGAACGAUGAUUCUUCAACAUCCAGUGUUACUUCUUUUGUUGUCUGCGUUUGGGGCGUUUAAGCAUCUAUUCCAUUUGCACUGUACCAACACUGAAAUCUAAAACUGAAAAAUAAAUAAGUAAAACAAUUGCUGAAUCUGUGAGGGCGCAUGGGGUUGCAGCUUCUGGGAUUACAAAAGACCACGUGGAAAUGGCUGUGUCGCCCAAAUGGACAUUUUACCGUUUGUGUGCCUGUUUCGCAUAUCGUUUCGACCUCCGUAAAUGAAAACGAUGUAUUACAUCACCAGUAACUUGUACUUUAGCACAUCUUCCUGCACCUUUAAUCCACAAACACACACUCUCCUGUUCACUAAUUUUACGAUGAUUCCUUGUUCUGAGCGAAAAAGCCUGGUUAGAUAUGAAGUAGGAAAUACCCAAGUCCCUAUUAUACACUUCUCCAACAUGAAAAGUACGGAAUGAUAUAACAUCUCUUGCAUUAAAUGCUUCCAAACCAGUAACAUUCUUGACUUGAUUACCAUCAUAACGAGCAACAGCAACAGUAAUCCAACCAUUACCAGCUUGAUGUCUCGCGAAAUAGCCUCUCACGUUUAUUUCGCGAGCAGUUUCGUAUAGUGUAAAGGUGCCUUAAGACAUUCGGAAAUAUAGAUUGUAUAAAUCUGAGGAGCACACAAGGCAAUUAAUUUUAUAUUUUUCUAUCGACCAGAUUCCACAGCGCUAACAGCAGCUGUUAUCACGUAACUAGAUAUCCUCCUUUUUUACGCUAAACUAGAAUACAGUUACCGCUGCCAAAACAAAAAUAUUUGUCAUUGGUUCACUCAUAAAGACCUGCUGCAGAAGGACCAAAUAUGGAUGCUUAAUUAUUUUGGAGCUUUGUGAAACGUCACAUUCAUUGCAGCUGCCUGUGGCAAUGUAUUAGAAUGCUCAUUUUUGUAAUUUCCACAGAAUAUUUGGUGAAACUUUUUUAUGACUUCCGUACCACACUCUCUUCGUAUAUCUGCACGUGUACAAUAAAGAACUUUCGCAUUCAAAAA